AUGGCUUCCUAUCAGCAAGAUGUGCUUAUUGCUCUCGCAUUACAAAACCAAGCUAUUGCUUUAACGUUAUUAAGAGAAAGAAAGAAACGGCGUUCCGUUUGGGUAAGAAAAUUAUGGAAGGAGCGUGAACGUCAGGGGCAUUAUGAUAACCUGAUUCAAGAAAUGAGGGUACAAGACCAUUCAAUGUACUUCAAUUAUUUCCGAAUGCUUCCUUCGACAUUCGAUGAUUUGCUUGGACUUGUAGGCCCAUCUUUGGUCAGAAAGACAACAAACCUAUGGAAGCCGUUGCCUCCACAGUUAAAAAUGGCAGUAGCUUUACGAUAUGUGGCAACUGGACAAUCUCAAGCUUCACUUUCAUUCAAUUACAGAAUCGGGAGGUCUACAGUAUGCCAAAUACUUGACGAGGUGCCAGAAAAAGUUUGGAAAGCACUGAGGCCUCUUUCUGUGGCCCAACCAAACACUCCUGAAAACUGGAAACGCCUGGCUGACUACUUUUGGAAUUUGUGGGGUUUUCCUUUGUGUUUGGGGGCUCUAGAUGGCAAGCACUGCGUAAUUAACUGUCCUCCAAACUCAGGCAGUGCUUUCUUUAACUAUAAAGGUACAUUCAGUAAAGUAUUGAUGGCAGUGGUUGAUGCGAGUUAUAUGUUCACAUUUGUUGACAUUGGUGACUUUGGACGUCAAUGUGACUCUAGCGUCCUAAACAAUUCUCCUUUUGGUGAAUGUUUGAAUAAAGGAUGCUUGAAUAUUCCAGUUCAUGCUCACUUGCCAAACACUGAUACAAAAGCCAAGUAUUGUUUUAUAGGAGAUGAAGCUUUUCCUCUCAAAGAUAAUUUACUGCGUCCUUACCCUGGAAGAAACCUUGAAGAGAAAUUACGCAUCUUCAACUACCGACUCUCUCGAGCUAGGAGAGUGGUCGAGAACGCUUUUGGGAUCCUUUCAGCAAGAUGGCGAUUCUUAAGGUCACCAAUACAGGAUCACCCAGAAAAAGCCAUUAAAACUGUUUUGGCAUCGGUUGCUCUUCACAACUGGCUCAAGAAACAUGAAGACACGCAGCAAGUUUACGGUCGUUUGUACUGCCCAAUAGGUUAUACUGACUACAAAGAUUCACAUGGAAUUCUUCAAAAGGGCACUUGGCGAAAUGAAGUGUCAGAAUCUGGAGCUCUACAGAAUAUUGGCAAAAUGGGAACAAAUAACUAUACAAAAGCUGCAGAAUAUUAUAGAUCUUUGCUUGCAGAUUAUUUUCUUUCUCCUCAAGGUGAACUCCCAUGGCAAUAUGAUUAUAUUCGCAGAACUUCUUAUGAUCCAGUUUCUUAA